AUGCGGUCCAGCAUCGUGCGUUCAGCCCAGGCUGGGCUGAGAUGCGCAUCCAGGCGACCUGUAGCUCACGCCCCGAAGCUCACUUAUCCGAGCUCAUCUGCACGCAGCUUAUCGGCCACGCCUAUAAGGAGAGAUGAGGAGCGAAAGUGGUCGACGCCCUUGGCCAAGCAAUUGACCGAGGCCAUCAAUACAACUGGCCCAAUACCCCUGGCGAGCUACAUGCGCAUGUGUCUUACAGCAGACAUUGGCGGCUACUAUACCGGAGCUCUGGAAGCAGGCCGUGAUCAGUUCGGCCAGAAGGGCGACUUCAUCACCUCCCCGGAGAUAUCACAAGUCUUCGGUGAGCUGAUCGGGAUCUGGUUCGUCGCGGAAUGGAUGUCCCAAGGACGGCCACGGCGAGGCGUUGAGCUCAUCGAAGUUGGGCCUGGUCGAGGUACUCUGAUGGAUGAUGUAUUGCGAACCAUCAGAAACUUCAAAGACAUUGCAUCUAGCAUCGACGCCGUCUACAUGGUCGAGGCAAGCAACGAGCUCCGCGUCGCGCAGAAGAACCUUCUCUGCGGCGAAGACGCCGCGAUGCGAGAGUCCAAAGUCGGCUGGCAUAGCACGUGCAAGUACUCGGACCUGCCCAUCGUCUGGACCGACUCCAUCAAGGCCAUACCGCAAGACCCCAGCAAAACGCCCUUCAUCGUAGCCCACGAGUUCUUCGACGCCCUCCCCAUCCACGCCUUCCAGGUAGUCGACGUGCCGCCGACGCAACAACCACCCACUACGAGCGGCAGCCCCCGCUCCGCCUCCUCCAACACGACCUCCGCCACCCGCCAAUGGCGUGAAAUGGUCGUCUCGCCCACGCCCGAGGGCGCAACGCACGCCGACCUCGGCACGCCGAAAUCAGAGCAGCACGGCGCCGCAGUGCCCGAGUUCCAACUAACCCUCAGCCCCUCCCCAACGCGCCACGCGCUCUACCUGCCCGAGUCGUCCCCGCGCUACCGCGCCCUCAAGGCCGUGCCCGAUGCCCUCAUCGAGGUGUGUCCCGACGCCGCGCUCUACGCCUCGGACUUCGCGGCGCGCAUCGGCGGGUCGCCGCAGCACCCCAAACCGCACCCCUCGGGCGCCGCCCUGAUCCUCGACUACGGCCCCGCCGACACGAUCCCGACGAACUCGCUGCGCGGCAUCCGCGCGCACCAGCGCGUCGGCCCGUUCGCGGACCCGGGCCGCGUCGACCUGAGCGCCGACGUCGACUUCGUCGCCCUCGUCGAGGCCGCCACGCGCGCGAGCGACGGCGUCGAGUGCCACGGCCCCGUCGAGCAGGCCGCCUUCCUGGGCGCCAUGGGCAUCGCGCAGCGCGCCGAGAUGCUAGUGAAGAAAGCGGCGGCCGCGGCCGAUGGUCUCCAAAACGACAAGAAGAAGGACGAGAUCGAGAGCGCGUGGAGGCGGCUCGUGGACCGCACCCCGGGCGGCAUGGGCAAGAUCUACAAGGCCCUGGCUAUCCUGCCCGAGAACGGCGGGAAGAGGAGGCCUGUGGGGUUUGGGGGUGAUGUUGGUGCUUGA